AUGGGUACAGCUGACGAGGAGAAAGCGAAAUCCCACUUGUUGGACACGUAUCUGAAAAGUUUCAAUGCGGGAAAUAUUGAAGGGAUCAUUGAAAGUCUCGAUCCAGAAGUGCAAGUGUGCGUGGAAGGAACUCUUACAGGCGAUGGAAGAGAUACCAUUGUACCGUCGUAUCUGCUAGAUUUCGAGGCCAAGACGCAGGUUUCUGUAACGCGAGCCCCAGUGGCGUCAACAACGACGUCAUCCGAGGGGACCCAUUUCAUUAGAGUUGCCAUUGGUCUUGUAUCGAGCCGACCGGGCUCGCCGUCGACUACAUUGGAUGUGGUCUAUACGUAUGAUGGAACUACAAUGAAGCAAGUGCAGCAUGAUAUUAGCAAUGUUCAGACAAGCUCCACAACAAACGAAAAGUAG